AUGCCAGGCGACGACAAGUCUGAGCCACCACUGCCGCCGCCAACCAUGGAGGGUCUGGCCGCCAUGAUGACCAAGCUGCUGAGAAGCAUGGGAGACAUGGAGACGCGCUUCAUCUCUAUGGAGUCGCGCAUCACCUCUAUGGAGCCACGCCUUCAACCGCCGCCGACGUUGAACCCCACGGCGUCCAUGCCCUAUGGGAUGCCAGGGUACGGAUCUACAACCCUGGCGAGUUCUUCAUCGACGGCCGCCGCCACACUGUCCAUGGCAUCCCCAACGUCUUCGCCGACCCUGCCAAUCACCAAGAUCACGCUCCCCCACUCGCCAUCACCGCUGCCCGUGUUCGACGACAUUCCGCAGCCCAACCCGUUGGGCGCGCCGGGUGCACCGGGAGCUGCCAGCGCACACGAGCGCCUGGGGGUUCCGCGCUUCAGCAAGCUCGACUUCCCCACCUACGACGGCACUGAAGAUCCACUGAACUGGCUCCACCGCUGUGAGCAGUUUUUUAGGGGACAGCGCACGCUAGCCUCCGACCGGGUCUGGCUCGCCUCGUACCACAUGACUGGCGUGGCCCAGACCUGGUACUACGCCCUCGAGCAGGACGAGGGCAUGCCGUCAUGGGAGUGCUUCAAAGAGCUUGCCAACCAGCGCUUUGGGCCGGCCAUUCGCUCCAACUGCCUCUCGGAGCUGGCCCGGCUUCCCUAGCACAGCACCGUCCAAGACUUCCAGGAGCGCUUCAACUCUAUGGUGUGCCACACCCCGGAACUCUCGCCAAAGCAGAAGGCGGACCUCUUUGUGGGGGGUCUGCCGGAUCACAUCCGUGUCGACGUCGAGCUCCGCACACCCCAGAUGCUCCAGGAUGCCAUGCAUCUCGCACGGGCCUUUGAGCAUCGCGCG